AACGGGCUUGUGGAGUUCUCGUUUGCAGUAUUUUCAUAUCUGGUUCAGGAGGGCAUUAUCGACAUGUCUUCUACUGCAUCAGUAGACGCUUCUGGGUCUGCGGGCCCGGUAGUCAAGCACUCUUUCUUGCGCUCUGUGCCCUUUAACAUAAUCGUGGCAUGUGGUGUCAGUUUCACGGCUCCAGGAAUGUGGGAUGCAUUAGGUGGACUAGGAGCAGGAGGAGCAGCUGAGCCCUACGCUGUCAGUGCCGCAAACGCAAUCGUCUACGGUCUCUUCGCUGUGGUCUGCGUCCUCGCCGGUGCAAUCAACAAUCGAAUUGGUCUCAAGUACGGUCUCUGCCUCGGUGCCAUCGGAUAUCCCCUCUAUGGAGCUGGCCUGUACACCAACAACACGAGCGCAAACACCUGGUUCAUGCUUUUCGGCAGCGCCUUGUGCGGUAUUUCAGCUGGUUUUUUCUGGGCUGCCGAAGCAGCCAUUAUCAUCGGAUACCCGAGCCCUGGCGACCGCGCCUUUUACCUCGCCAUCUGGCAGACUGCCAAAGCAUCUGGUCCGAUCGUAGGCGGUGCCAUCAAUCUCGGCUUGAAUGCGAAUCGCAAGACCACUGGCUCCGUUUCUAGUUCAACAUACAUUGUCUUCAUCGUCAUCAUGUGUCUCGGCCUCCCCAUCGCCCUCUGCCUUUCCUCCGCCGAGAAAGUAUGGCGCAAGGACCGCACUCGCGUCGUCGUUUCUAAAGCGCCUACUUGGGGCGCCGAAUUCAAAGCAGUGGGGAAACUUUUCGCAAGCCGUCGCAUUCUCCUCCUGCUCCCUGCCUUCUUCAUCAGCUACUUCUACAACGGGUUUAUGAGCACGUGGCUCACUCAGUACUUCACUGUCCGCUCGCGAGCCUUCUCCUCCUUCUUCACCAACUUCGCAGGAAUCUUCUCUUCCUUCAUCAUCGCCACGCUUUUGGAUAACCAGGGUAUUCACAUCAAGAUGCGCGCGAGGAUAGCGUUCAUUUCCAUCAUCACCAUUUUGACUGGCACAUGGAUCUGGGCGUCGAUUUUGCAGAAACAGUUCUACGAUGCCCCUGCUAAACCCGUCUUCGAUUGGUUCCAGGGCGGCUUCGGGAAAGCCUACGCGCUAGUUUUCUUCUGGCAGUUUGGCGGACAAGCGUUCCAACAGUUCCUCUACUGGAUGGUCGGACAGUAUGCCACGGAUCUGUCGAAUCUAUCGCAUCACACUGGAAUUCUGAGGGGUAUGGAGGCACUGGGACAGACAGUCGCUUGGGCCAUGCAGUCGGAGGGCAACGCAAAUCACUUUGUGAGCAUUGGCAUCAACUUCGGUGUGACAUUGUUGUGCGUUGUGCCGACGUGGAUUGUGCUGAGUGAGUUGGAAGGGAGCCACGAGGUUAAGGUUUCGGAGGACAGCUCGAUUGACGAAGAGGGGAGAAGUGGUGCGGAUGUGGAUCACAAGUUGUAGUUUUUGUAACAUGAUGUGUGUGUAUAGAUUCACGCACUGUAAUAUAGCAAGACUCUAAUAUUGAAGUUCAUAUAUGUUCACAACCUUCGCCCUCGAAAUUGUUCUCGUUGCUAAGGCUUUCAAUCGCCAUCAAACCAAAUCCACAUGCGUCAUCAUCAAGCAUGCAAUUUAGCUGCCCAGUGCAGUUUGUUGUUCGAUAUCAAUCUAUCCAAGCACAGUUACAAGCAAGAAUUCCUCGUAGAAUUGCAUUCAUCUUCAAAAUAAUCAACUAAAAUCUCCCCUCUUCACUACCUAUCGAGACUUUGGUCUCCGGCGCCGCAUCAACAUAACCUUCCUGAUUCGAAUGCUCAAAAUUCUCCAUGUACCCAUCAAUACUGUUCACACUCCUUAAAAACCGCAUUUACGCAGACUUCUUCUCCUUCAAUCCAACAAAGUAUGCGGCGUUGGUACCGCUGAACGCCCUUUCCACAGAAGCUGCUUCAGCAUCACGUUUCGCUUUGUUCUUCAGUCCACCGAAGUAGGCAAUGUUGGCGCCGCUGAAAGCCCGCUCGACGGAUGCUUUAUUCGCUUCCGCUGAAGCAUCGCGCUUGGCCUUCUCUUUCAAUCCACCAAAGUAUGCGGCGUUGGUACCGCUGAAUGCACGUUCGACAGAGGCUGCGUCGGCCUCUGGCUACAACCACUUGUAUGAGUACCCUUUUUUUUCGAAAACGAAUGUGGAUUUACUUACUUUGGCGACUGGAGCCGCAAGGGUGGUGGCUGCGAUCAGCGAUAGAACGACACCGAAGAACUUCAUGUUGCUGGUGUUUGCCUUUGGACGAAGGAAUUGGAAGGGUAGCGAUGGGACAUUGUAUUCGCAGUUUUCAAACGCUUUAUAUUUCGUAUUUGGAAACGUUCUGCAAGGUUGGAGUAUGCAGGACUCUUACUGUACG